CUAUCAGUAUCAGGUCUUAACACACGACAGCCCACUGCUAUGGAGAGGAGGAUAUUCUAACAAAGUCGACACUAUUUUGGGCCCAAAGGCAUCAGGGGGAUUAUUUUCUCUUAAAUAACCUAAAAGCUAGCAUGGGAUGGACAAUCUGACUACAGCCAGGAUUGUCAGUUCUGGUGGAGGUGGAGGAGGAACUGGCAAAGUGAUCACAGAAACAGUAACAACAACAGCUAGACUGACAUCACAGCCAGCAACAGCCUUGGGUGAUCCCUCACUGGGUGUUGGGCUCUCUGGCAGAGCUGAGGGAGGGUCAGGUGGCAGAAGCAGUUCAGCACUGAUCACCUCUAGUGGCUCCUCUUCCUCCAGCUCUAGUGGAUCUGGAGUCAGCAAGGGCACUGGAGGCAUCAUUGUCACUUCUCUAGGGCCUUCCUCCAUCACAGCCUCAGGUGAAGGAAGCUCAGGAGCUGUGGAGUUUGAGUCUAGUCCAGCGGGAGGGGGCUCCAAUGUCUCCUCCAUGUUUGCAAGUGGUGGUGGAAAAGGAGGAGGUGGUUUAGGUGCUGUGACUGUUACCACGGUGACCAAGACCAGCUACAAUUCAGGUGGAUCAGGGGGUGCAAAAAGGGGCUCAUCGUCUACGACAGCGUACUCACCUGUUCCAAAGGAGAGGAAGAGCAUGAACACCGUGACAGCAACUCGCGCCGAGGCUUUAGACGGGAGUUCAGGAAGUUCAAGUGGGAAUUCUUCUCCAGAAUUCCCCAGGAAGGAGUAUGAGAGUGAGAUCCGAGCCAGACUUCAGAGUGCUUCUCCAUCAGCAAGUUGGACAGAGUUGGAUGAUGUGAAGCGACUACUUAGAGGCAGCCAGUCCAGUAGCAUCAGCCCCCCUCGCUCCCCUACCAACACCCUGCCCAGCCCCAAGAAGGCCAGCGUGGACACCAGGACCAUGUCUGAGAGCUCACACACAGGCCAGUAUGACAGCAUUUGGUCUGGAGGAGUGAGCAGUAGCUAUGGUUACAGCACCAACCCCAACAACCUGUCAUCUUCCUCCACUCUUUACCAUUCAGGACUUCAGAACAACCUGACUCUGAGCGCUCCCUCUGUGAGCAGUGGGCUGUCUGCCAGCAGUACUGUUCCAGUGUAUGGAGUUCAGAAUAACCUGGCCAGUGCCACUGCCACUGUCCCCCCUAAUGCAGUCAGCGCACAAACAGUUUACGGUGUACAGAAAAAUGUCUCCAGCACUGGAAUAACUGCAAGCACAGGGACCCCCAGUGGUGGCUGUGGCGAUGAGGUCUUCACCAAGGACUAUAAGUUCAUGUUGCUGGAGAAGGAGAACACGCCUGUCAAGAAGGAGACGGAGAGGCUGGUCAUGACCAAAGACACCGGGAAGCAGUUCAUCUCUGAUGCACCUGUUGCUGCUGCUGCCUUCUCUGGGGACUCACUGAAGAGAGAGAAGCAGAAGAUAUCAGCCAGCGCAAUGGAGGAAGGAGCCGAUGCUACAUCAGCAACCCUGAAAGUUGCCACAAAAGACAAAGCCACCUAUGCAGAGCUCAGUAAAGAUGAGUGUGGCUCAGGCCUGUGCUCCAGCUGCAGCUGGUGGAAGUGGCUGCUAGGCCUCCUUCUCGGCCUGCUGCUCCUCCUUGGCCUCCUCUUUGGACUCAUCGCCUUGGCUGAGGAAGUCAAACGUCACAAGAGCCGCAUUGAGGCGCUGGAAGCUGCCACAGGCACCGUGUCAGCCAGGUCCAGUCGCUACUCUGCCUCGUCUGCUGUCAACAUCAUCGACCCAUUAGAGUCAGCAUACAUUGACAAAAGCUCUGCUGGCUCUACCCUGACCCGCUCUGAUAAUGGGAUCAGCCUGGGGGCUUCUGGACCCGGGGCAGGGCUCGGUGGUGCAGCAGGACAGGACGGCUCGGCCCUGCAGAGAACUGUGCAGGAGCUGCUCAGGGCUGAGCUGCGCUCUGAUGCUGUGAAAGAUAUGCUUGCACACUCAAUGAAAGGAGCAAGAGGAGACCCAGGGCCCAAAGGUGAUCCAGGGCCACCAGGAUCGAAAGGUGAUAAUGGCUUCCCUGGUCUGCCAGGUCCUCCUGGGCAGAUGGGCCACCCUGGAGUGGAGGGACCAAGGGGACCAAAGGGAAGCACAGGUGAACCCGGCGCUGAGGGCCCACCAGGCCAGAGGGGCCAAGAUGGUCCAAUGGGACUCCGUGGAGAGAUUGGACCACCUGGAGCUGGAGAGAAAGGAGACAGAGGAUCUCCAGGUGAGCCAGGGAGUCCCGGUCUUGCUGGUGUUGCUGGGCCUGUGGGUCCUAAAGGUGACAUGGGACAGCAGGGUGCCUUUGGGAUCCCCGGUGACCGAGGAGCACCAGGACCACAAGGGGCUAAAGGAGUUCAGGGGGAGCAGGGAAAACGUGGUCCAGCAGGACAACCUGGACCAAAAGGCCCAGCUGGACCAACUGGACCUAAAGGAUCUAUGGGUGAUGUGGGUUUGCCAGGUCAGAGAGGACCAGCAGGAUCUCCAGGAGAUGCAGGCUUCCCAGGCACCCCUGGGCUUCAAGGACCUCCUGGCAUUCCUGGACAUCCAGGGCAACCAGGUGCUAAAGGUGAAGCAGGAGCACCUGGUAAAGUCAUCAGUGCAGUUGGCUCUAGCACGGUGACUAUUCCUGGACCUCCAGGACCUGCUGGACCCCCGGGUGCUGUUGGACCCCCUGGCCUCUCUGGUCCCAUUGGCCCUGCUGGUGUCCCAGGACGACCUGGUCUCAAGGGAGAACAAGGAGAAAAGGGAGACAGAGGAGAGCCAGGAAGACCUGGCGAGCCGGGCAUCAGUGUCAAGAGUGUGGAAACUGUCAGUGCCACUCGAACUGGGAGACUUUCCUCAGCAGUUGGAUUUCCAGGUCCACCAGGACCACCAGGGCCACCUGGAGCACCUGGUCCUCAGGGUGCUCCUGGUGAGACAAAGGAGGGUGCUCCGGGACGCAGAGGUCCUCCUGGAGAGCCAGGUAUUGGGUUACCUGGACCACGAGGUGAGAAAGGAGAACCUGGCAGCUUUGUGCCCACCUCAGAAACCUUCUUUGCUGGACCACCUGGACCACCAGGACCUCCAGGCCCGAAGGGCUCACCAGGUGACCGAGGUCCCCAAGGAUACGAAGGAGAACCAGGUCAGCCAGGUUUACCAGGAAGUCCAGGGGAUCCCGGUGUUGCUUUCCCAGGUCAGCCUGGCCCAAGGGGACCCCCCGGAGUUCAGGGACCAGAGGGCAUAAGUGGGCCCCAGGGUCCCCCAGGCCCGGAGGGCCCAGAGGGCCCACAGGGACCAAAAGGUGAUGCAGGAAUACCUGGUGCCCCAGGAAUCCCUGGGGUCUCCCUGGGUGGUUCAUCCAGACCUGGGACACCAGGCCCACCUGGCCCUCCCGGACCACCUGGUGUCCCUGGAAAAGCUAGCUUUGAAUCUGGAUCUACUGAUAUGGGCCAGUACAUUGCAGAGUACCUCCAGCGUGGCAGUAUUAGGCAGUACUUGGCUGGUCCACCUGGUCCUCCAGGACCCCCAGGACCCUCAGGACCCUCAGCACCCUCAGGACCCUCAGGGUCUUCUGGUGAACAGUUAGUGAAUGAUGUGGCCAAGCGAGUCAUCUCCUACAUCCAGAGUCAAGGGUACAGUGCUGGGACCCCUGGCCCUCCAGGUCCACCUGGUUCCAUCUCUGUCGGUGACAUCAUCAGCCUAUUACAACGUGAGGAAGUCCGGAGGUACAUUGCUGGUCACCCAGGCCCACCGGGACCUCCUGGAGCAGCGGGCCCUGAAGGCUAUGCAUUUAACACUCAGGGCGUGGCUGAACGAGUCCUCAGUCUCAUGAAUGAGAGGGGAAUGGUUGGUGUCCGAGGACCACCUGGCCCUCCUGGCCCUCCGGGUCCUCCUGGAAUGUUCAGUGGCGACCUGUCAUCAAUGCUUGAGUAUCAAGGACUUGUGGGCCCUCAGGGACCUCCUGGCCCAGCCGGUCUCCCUGGUCCUCAAGGACCAGCAGGAACACCAGGACUGGGGAGCUACAGUGGCUCAGGAUACAGGCUUGAAGAAAUUCGAGACUACCUUCAAAAUCAUGGCUUCAGAGGCCCUCCAGGCCCCCCUGGACCUCCUGGACCUGGGGGCCCCCCUGGGGUGAACCAGGGACUGGCCUCCUAUGUUGGACAUGCCAACAGAGAGAUGCUCAAAGCACAGCUACAAGAAUACAUCAAGAGUGACGAUUUGAGGGGUGCCAUGUUUGGACCUCCUGGUCCUCCAGGCCCUCCUGGACCACCAGGACAUAAGGGAGAGCCAGGCAAGCCUGGCAUCAGUCACUCAUACGACUACAGAGCCAGUCAAGGCAGGACAUUGGUGGAAACUGGAGACUACUCCAGUGUGGCUGUCAAAGUAACUGACUACAUUAAAUCCCAUGGUCUGCUACGUGACAUUGUGAGGGAUUCUGAGCAUGUUGUCCGAGGUCCUCCAGGCCCACCUGGCCCUCCAGGUCUGCCUGGGCACAGCAGAUGGAUUGGUACCAGUGAAAAUGCCAUUGAAGUGGUGGAAUAUAUCAAAUCCCGUGGUCUGUUGCAGGACAUUGUGAAAGGAUAUUUUGAGCGUGGUAUUCAAGGACUCCGUGGACCACCUGGUCCUCCAGGUCCACCUGGGUACAGCCGAUGGAUUGGUUCCACUCAAAAUGCCACAGAUUUGGUGGAGUACAUCAGAUCCCAUGGUCUGCUACGCGACAUUGUGAGGGAAUACUAUGAACGUGGUGUUCAAGGACCUCCAGGACCACCUGGGCCUCCAGGUCCACCUGGAUACAGUCGAUGGUUUGGUUCCCAUGGGAACGCCACCGAUUUGGUGGAAUACAUUAAAUCCCAUGGUCUGCUAAGGGACAUUGUGAGGGAAUACUAUGAACGUAGUGUUCAAGGACCUCCGGGACCACCUGGGCCUCCAGGUCCACCUGGAUACAGUCGAUGGCUUGGUUCCCAUGGAAAUGCCACAGAUUUGGUGGAAUACAUCAGAAGCCAGGGUCUGCUACGUGACGUUGUAUGGGAUCGCAACGACCGUGUCAUUCAAGGACCUCCAGGACCACCCGGUCCACCAGGUCCGCCCGGUUACAGCCGAUGGUUUGGUUCUCAUGGAAACAUAACUGAUUUGGUGGAAUACAUAAAAACGUACGGAGCCAUUGCAGGAGCACCUGGAAGACCAGGACAGAAAGGGGACAUGGGAUUCCCUGGUCCAAAAGGAGACAGAGGUGACCGAGGCCUUCCUGGUCCUGAGGGACGAAGAGGACAAAAGGGUGAGAGAGGAGAAUACACACUGGUGACUCAGAGGAGGAGGAGAAGGAAUGCUGGUGUUUGAGAGGCCUUUCAUUGAAUACACGGACAUUUGAAAGGAAUGCAGGUGGAGAGAAAUGCUAUUUGCAACUGAAAUCCUGUUGUGUAUUGUUUCCAAAUGGGUUUCUGUGGCACAUGUAAGGAUAGUAAUUAUGCUGAGGAACACUGUGGUUGUUUUUGACCAAUUUUUAGCUCAUAUGUGUUUUUAUACUCUUGUUUGUGAAAUCAGGGAUGAUGUAUAGUAUUGAAUUUGUUUGACAUACUUUUACUUUUGUAAUGGGAGUAAUGGGUAUUAUUCACUAUGGUCAUUUCUUCCAUUUUGUUGGCAUUGACUGAGGGUUUUUUUUAAAUUUGUAUCCUUUUUCUGUACCUCUGCGCAUUCUGUACUCAGACAGUGUUUUGUUUACCACCAAUUUACCAACUGUUGAGAUUUUUUUUCUUUUCCAUCAUAACCAGAUAGGUAUGACUGUAUUAUUGAAUGGAAUCAAGAGAUCCAACAUCA